AUGUGUAUUGUUAAGGAUGACAAUGAGAAUCCAGUUAUCACUGGAUGUCCAAGUAAUCAAGAUGUCAACACAGACAGUGGUAAUGCUACAGCUUUAGUAACCUGGACACCACCUAAGGGAACAGAUAAUUCUGGUACUCAGAGACUGACAUCCACUGCCAAUCCUGGAGAUUACUUCCCCAUUGGAAACAACACAGUGAAUUACACAUCAACAGAUGCUGCUGGAAAUACAGGAAUAUGUACUUUCUACAUAUCUGUUACUGACAAUGAGAAUCCAGUCAUCAGUGGAUGUCCAAGUAAUCAAGAUGUCACCACAGACAUUGGUAAUGCUACAGCUUUAGUAACCUGGACACCACCUAAGGGAACAGAUAAUUCUGGUACUCAGACACUGACAUCUACUGCCAAUCCUGGAGAUUACCUUCCUAUUGGAAACAACACAGUGAAUUACACAUCAACAGAUGCUGCUGGAAAUACAGAUACAUACGGCCAAACUUUUCUUGUUAUCUUCUCAGACAACGAGAAUCCAGUUAUCACUGGAUGUCCAAGUAAUCAAGAUGUCAACACAGACAGUGGUAAUGCUACAGCUUUAGUAACCUGGACACCACCUAAAGCAACAGAUAAUUCUGGUACUCAGACACUGACAUCCACUGCCAAUCCUGGAGAUUACUUCCCCAUUGGAAACAACACAGUGAAAUACACAUCAACAGAUGCUGCUGGAAAUACAGGAAUAUGUACUUUCUACAUAUCUGUUACUGACAAUGAGAAUCCAGUCAUCAGUGGAUGUCCAAGUAAUCAAGAUGUCACCACAGACAUUGGUAAUGCUACAGCUUUAGUAACCUGGGCACCACCUACAGCAACAGAUAAUUCUGGUACUCAGACACUGACAUCUACUGCCAAUCCUGGAGAUUACCUUCCUAUUGGAAACAACACAGUGAAUUACACAUCAACAGAUGCUGCUGGAAAUACAGAUACAUGCUUUUUCUACAUAUCUGUUACUGACAAUGAGAAUCCAGUUAUCACUGGAUGUCCAAGUAAUCAAGAUGUCAACACAGACAGUGGUAAUGCUACAGCUUUAGUAACCUGGACACCACCUAAGGGAACAGAUAAUUCUGGUACUCAGAGACUGACAUCCACUGCCAAUCCUGGAGAUUACUUCCCCAUUGGAAACAACACAGUGAAUUACACAUCAACAGAUGCUGCUGGAAAUACAGGAAUAUGUACUUUCUACAUAUCUGUUACUGACAAUGAGAAUCCAGUCAUCAGUGGAUGUCCAAGUAAUCAAGAUGUCACCACAGACAUUGGUAAUGCUACAGCUUUAGUAACCUGGACACCACCUAAGGGAACAGAUAAUUCUGGUACUCAGACACUGACAUCUACUGCCAAUCCUGGAGAUUACCUUCCUAUUGGAAACAACACAGUGAAUUACACAUCAACAGAUGCUGCUGGAAAUACAGAUACAUGUAUUUUCUACAUAUCUGUUACUGGUAAAUGUUUUUGA